UUUACACUAGUUAACCAUAUUUUAUUGAAGAGUCACAACCUAAUUGUCCUUAACAUUUGUAUGUUCAUUGAAGAUGUUUCUUUAUCUUCUAAUACUAAGUGCUUUGAAUAUUUCUUUAGCACUGCCUAAUGGAAUUAUUCCACAGAAUGUCAUUACCGUACCACCUAAUUGUCCUCCGGGUCAAGAAUUCAUAAAUGGACAAUGCAGAGACAUUUGGAAAAGUGGACUCACAACACCAUUGCCACCAUCGCUGAUAUACGGCAAAAAUGUCACCCCUAUGAAUAUGGUCACCGUACCUACAAACUGCCCUCCAGGUCAACAAUUUAUAAAUGGACAAUGCCGUGAUGUUUGGAAAGGAGCUUUAGCUGAAUCGAUGCUUUUUGAAAUGUUAUUAAAAAAUCCAUUGGCAAGAUCAGCUACUCGUAAUAAUCAAUUGUCCAAGCGCGAAGAAGACAAAAAUGGAAAAAACAUUCUUGAAAGUAAUGACUCUUUAAGAAAUAUAAUAAGUGUCCCGACUCAGUGUCCUGAAGGUUAUAGACCUGACGCUCUUGGAAUUUGUCGCAGAAUUUUUUAAUAUCUUUUAAUUUUAUUGUUGAUGGAAUAUAUCCUAACGAAUUUAUAUGAAUAAAAAUAUAACCAUUUA